UAGAUUCUGCUGCUGUGCGCUGCUGCUGCUGUUAUCGUUCUGGAAUCAAUUCCUCUUUCUUUUUUAAAAUUUUUUUUUAAACGAAAAUGGCUUCCAGUCAAGGAGGUGUGGGAGCUGUCACGGCGCUCCAGAACCAUCACCACUUCCCUAGCGGACCUCAAUGGAGCCCGGGGAACAGCCAGUACCAGCAGCAGUACCACCAACAGCACCAACAGCAGCAGCAGCAGCAGCAGCAGCAGCAGCACCACACGGCCCGGAGCCUGGAGCGAGCUCUGGAGGAUGCCGUGUGCUCCGGGAUCCUCAACCUAAGCGGGCGGAAGCUGAGGGAGUACCCUGGGGUGAGCUACGACCUCACCGAUACAACACAAGCAGAUCUGUCUAAGAAUCGUCUCUCUGAGGUUCCCCCGGAAGUUUGUCUGUUUGCCCCGCUCGAGUCCCUCAACCUCUACCACAACUGCAUCAAGUGCAUCCCAGAAGCCAUCAUCAACCUGCAGAUACUGACGAAUCUUGACAUCAGUCGAAAUCUCAUAUCCGUUUUGCCCAAACACCUGUUCAACCUUCCGCUUAAAGUUCUGCUUGUGAGUAACAACAAGCUUGUGUCCAUCCCUGAAGAGAUCGGCAAAGCCAAAGAACUGAUGGAGCUAGAUGUGAGCUGUAAUGAGAUCCAGGUGCUGCCAGCCCAGGUCGGGCGUCUCCAUGCCUUACGAGAACUCAACAUUAGGAAGAAUUGUCUGCAGAUUCUUCCGGAAGAGUUGGCUGAUCUGCCUCUUAUUCGACUUGACUUCUCCUGCAAUAAGAUCACAGAGAUCCCAGCAGCCUACAGGAAACUCAGGCAACUGCAGCACAUCAUCCUCGAUAACAAUCCUAUGCAGUCUCCUCCAGCACAGAUUUGUCUCAAGGGAAAAGUGCACAUUUUCAAGUACCUGAACAUCCAAGCAUGCAGGUCGGACAAAAAGCCAGACACACUGGACCUCCCCUCCCUCGGCAAACGCUGUCUUCCACAGCCCCUCACAGAUAGCAUGGAAGAUUUUUAUCCCAGUAAGAACCACGGGCCUGACUCUGGAAUUGGGAGUGACAAUGGUGACAAGAGGCUGUCUACAACAGAGCCUUCAGAUGACGACACCGUCAGCCUCCACUCUCAGGUGUCUGAGACAGCCCGCGCUGAUGCCCUCUCAAUCCUUUCCAAAAUGGACUCUUGCAAAGAUCAGGAUCUGUAUGACUUUAUAGAACCCAACCCGGAUGAGGAUCCUGCUCUGUCAGAGUGCGAUGGACAGCAGAAUUGUCAUGUGUCGUGUAUUAAGGAACUGGAAAAGGUUCUGUCUCACCAAAGCAAAAACAAGGAGAGCUGGAAAGAGGAAUCAGGCUCCGACAAGGAGCAGGUAUUGGAGGAGGAAGAAGAUGAACUAAAGGAGGUGCUGGAUCUGAGGAAGAUUGCCGUGCAGCUUUUGCAGCAGGAGCAGCAGAACAGACGACGGUCCUUAAUUUGCAGAGCGGAAAGUCUCAUCCAUCGACGCAGAGUGACUGGUCGAGCUCACAGAUUCCUAAGUCACUCUGGCAGCUCCGGCAGCAAAGCCAGGCCUCCUCCUCAGACUCGUAGCGCUUCCUUGGAUGAGGGAAGUAGUGGAGCAUCGGUGCUAUGUGGACAGCCGCCGUCAUCCUCCUCCUUUGACGGCAACCUGAAGACGGAUCAGUCAGAUUCAGAGUCCAAAUGGCCGGACGUCCCUCCUGUUCUCAAUCAAAACGAGGAUCGCAAGAGAAACAAAUAUCUGAGAAAAGAUUAUCUCAAGUACAAAUGCCAGAGUGCCCGGAAAAACUGCAGCGGCAAGGACGACUGUGAGGAGAGUGUACGCAACUCUGAUUUCACCACCACUCUCACUGUGUUUGGACUCAAGCCAAGAUCAGCAAGAGGAAGUCAUCAGGAGUUCAGCUCAACUGAGCCCACCUUCACUAUGAGAAGAAAGAUGGAGCAUUUGAGAGAGGAAAUUGAGCAGAUAGGAAUCCUACGACAGAACAUUGAGUCCAGACUGAAGGUGUUGCUUCCAGACGAUGUCGGAGCUGCUCUGAUGGACGGCGUGGUCCUUUGUCAUUUAGCCAAUCACAUUUGUCCUCGCUCUGUAGCCAGCAUCCAUGUACCUUCGCCUGCAGUGCCAAAGCUCAGCAUGGCAAAAUGCCGUAGAAAUGUGGAGAACUUCCUGGAUGCCUGCAAGAAAAUGGGAGUUCCACAGGACAAGCUGUGUCUGCCCCAUCACAUCCUGGAAGAGCGUGGCCUGGUGAAGGUGAGCGUGACCGUGCAGGCGUUGCUGGAUCUACCCGCCAUGAAGCCCACGCAACUAUCAGCCGCUUGACACUCGCCUGUCCAGCCCAUCCCCACUCCCACCUCACCAGGGACCAGAGAUCCCCUCUUCGUGCCCCUAUCAGAAGGCGUGGACCUGGUGGCUCGUGGCUUUGCUUUGUGCCUGACUGAAACAGUAGACUAGAAGGUGAACCUCCUCCUGUCUGUGUGUAUGAUGUCAGACGCUUCCUGUCCAUCACAGCUUUGACCUGUAUCCUCUUCCUACUUCCACCACUGGGACUUUUUGGACUAGACAGUGUCUCUAAAGGAAGUCCCGCUGAUCCCUCUUUCGAUGCCCAGUGAUUAUUGAGCCUACUUCAAGUGCCGUUGUGACAUGUAACGCACUCUUUGAACCCCUUGUCAUUCAUGAACUUAUUUAUAUUCAGUGCUGUUUGCAUUCUUUCUACUCUAUACAGCUAACUUACCUGCCAGUUUGAGCACUCUACUGUUUCAAAUCUUUGCCUUUCAAAAUGCAUGACGACCACAUUUGUUGUUGAAGUCAUGCCAUAGCAAACCUUCUUAAACUAGUGUACAAAUCCUACGCAGUUAGUGUUUAUGAUCACUGUGAUGACAUGUAGCCCACUUUGGUUUCAGAGCAUUUCAGUCAUGUAUUUUAAAAUUUUCUACCAUUUUAAUACUUUGUCACACAAUACACAAAGCAGCUUUUUAUCUUUGCUUUGGAUGCUUUUACCGUGGAAGGAUCCAAACACGACGAGACAACUUACACAAAGCACAAUGUGCACGCACCGUCUCAUAUGCUCAGUCGCGUCAGGGAAAGCAAAAUUAUUCAUGCUUUUAUUGUUGUUUGGCAAUCGCAUGUGUUGUUACAUGUUUUUAUUUUGCAUGUUUGUACCUUGGCCAUAACUCUGAUCAUGAUACCGUCUUGAAUCAGUAAAUUCUCAACCUCAUGUUUACUGUUAUAAUUACAUUUUUGAUUUGACUGCAAGUGCAAAUGGUUGUUUGUUUGUAUGUGCCCUGCGAUUUUAGCUUUUGAUUUUAGAAUGUAGAUUUUAUUUAUUUAUUUAAGGGUUAUUUCUUUGUUUUAUCCAUCCAUCCAUUUUCUGAGCCGCUUCUCCUCACUAGGGUCGCGGGCGUGCUGGAGUCGGGGUACACCCUGAACUGGUUGCCAGCCAAUCGCAGGGCACAUACAAACAAACAACCAUUCGCACGCACAGUCACACCUCCGGGCAAUUUAGAGUCAUUUCUUUGUUUUACUUUAAAAUAUUUUAGCGUCUCACUGACAGAACUCCCUGUUCCUUUAAAAUUAACUUUAUUUGAAGGAAAAGCCACAAUAUAAAAGAUAGAUAAAGAUGACCUGAAAUGAAUGAUAACGACAUGAUGAUCUUCCCAGGAUUUACAGAGGGUUGACUAAGCAUACCCUUCUUUCUUCCUUCUUCCUCACUUUUUUUUUUUGACUCGAACAAAGGAAUUGUUUGUUUUGAAAAAUGUCCAAAUUGUGAUUUCCUCUCUUCCUAGGAAGUGACCCAAACUGUACACUCCACUUAUUCUACUUUUUUUUUUUUUUAAUAGGUUUGUUGAAUUCUGGAAACCUUUUCUCGGGAUUACAUUAUAUGGGAAUGGCAUGGGAAUGUGCAAAACACCAGAUUGGGGAUUGUGUUAUGAGUUAUUACAUUUUCUCACUUAAAGCAAGACCUGUGUAUUUUUUUAAGUGAUCAUUGACGUUAUGUUUGACAAAUAUAUUUAAAUCUGAUGUGCUUGUUCUUCUUUCUCUAUACUCUUUUUGUUUUUUUUUGUUUUGCUCAUGCUUGGAUGUCUCAUGUUUGCUUCCCCUUUUUACGUAUACUGACUAUAUUUCAUGGAAAUAUAAUUAUAAUAAUUUCAAAAUUAUUACUCAUUAAUUGAGUGUAAAACAUAAUCUUUCAUUUCUAACAGUUGGAUAAACAACUUUACUUUAGGACCUUAUCCAUUCAUACAAUACAUUAUAAUCCAUAUCCCUUCAGAAACUGUAGAAGCACUUUUUACAGGAUAGAAAGUCAGUCAUGUCAGAUAAUUCCAUAUUGUAUAUAUUUUGUCUUUUUUUUUAAUUUUUUAUUUUUUUUAACUGUUUUAUAAGUGCAGCACGCUGGGUGACUGGUUAGCACGUCCGCCUCACAGUUCUGAGGACCCGGUUCAAAGCCGGCCUUGCAUGUGGAGUUUGCAUGUUCUCCCCGUGCCUGCGUGGGUUUUCUCCGGGUACUCCAGUUUCCUCCCACAUCGCAUAAACAUGCAUGGUAGGUUAAUUGAAGACUCUGAAUUUCCCGUAGGUGUCAAUGUGAGUGUGAAUGGUUGAUUGUUUAUAUGUGCCCUGCGAUUGGCUGGUGAGCAGUUCCGGGUGUACCCGGCCUCUCGCCAAGAUUCAGCUGGUAUAGGCUUCCAGCUCGCCCGCGACCCAAGUGAAGAUAAGCGGUACGGAAAAUGGAUGGAAGGAAGUUUAUAAGUGAACGUGUUUAUACACCAGUCGAAAGAUACAUUUUGUGCUAGCUCGUCUGAUUGAUCAUGAAUGAGGUAGCAUUUGAGGUGUAUUUAUAACCAUCUACAUAAUUGAAGAGGAAAAAAUAAAUGAAACCAAUUCGUAAGCUACCUCAGGUGUCACAUGUUUUGACUUCCACACCUCACCUCGAUAUCAAGUGUUUUGUUGUCAUUAUUAUUUUAUAAUCCCACAGACUACGCAAUUGAAUUGACAAAGGUCACACAAAAAAAAAGCUGCUUGAGUUAGAGGGGAAGUGAAAGGAUACUUAAUAUUUCAACACGAACUGGAACAAUCUGUUCGUGACUGUCCAUUCUGUUUGCUGAGUUAGAGUGGUUCAUCAUGAAUCAUGUGAAUCAUAUACUGAUGAGUCAUAUUCAGUCAUAAAAAAAAUAAUGGAUCAUACGAAUCAUACAUGGCAUUUCUGAAAUAAUCAUAAUUAUAAUUAAUCAUCAUUGUUGGGAUCUAAAUGAUGCUUUUUGUUUUUGUCCCCUGAUCUAUGACUCUUAAGUGACCAAAUAUUUACCAUACAGACAUUUCCUCCUUUUUGCUUUCGGAACACAAUGAAUUAAGGUGCAAACAAUGAAAUGUAGCACAAUAUUUGUCAAAUAUCUUGUCUUUUGUUUCUCUCGCUUUUUUUUUCAACAUGCAUACUGUUAUAUCCUCCGAGUACCUUUUGCAUCUUGUUCUCAAAAAGGAGCUGAAAGGCAAAAUUCACAACUUUGUAUUUGAUCCUUGAAUCAAUCAAUACGUAUGCAUAUUUUCAAUUACAAUUGGUAUUUUCAACAGUCAGCUUCAUCAUGCUGUUUAUUUUGACUUCAUGAAACCAAGGGAACAUUUCAUGUCCUCACAUGAAACAUUGAAAGACAAUGGUGCAACCAUGAGUCACAGUGACAUACCACACUGCCAGAAAAUUAAAGCUUUGUACACAUUUUUUCCCCCUGUAUUUUAAAGUAGGUCAAUUGCAUGUAAAAAUAAUGAAUGACCGAAGCUCUGUACAUCUCGUCUGUAUAACAUCCCUCUGUUUCUUCCAAACAACAUCAAAACAUGCCCCUCCCUCUUGCUUUUUCCUAAGAAGUCUAAAACUGCACCGAGCAGGCAAGCAUCAUUCACUCGCUUGACACGCACUC